UCACACCUCUAGUUGAUGCGUUCCAUCACGUCACUGUUGAUUUUAUCCGCGUCAUCCAACCGCACUUUUAAAGAACCCCUCAUCAAUUCGCAAUAUUCAGAAUUUCAUUCUCAUUUGGUGUUUUGCUGGCGCAACGAUUUAUUCCAUUUUCAUUUCAUUUGGAUACCUUUUUGGCGUUCAUUUUAAUAAAGUUGUAACUGAGCCCCAAAAAAUGUCGUCGUCCAAAAGGAAGCCAUCCGAGGAAGAGGAGUGCGCAGAUUUGGCAAUGAGUAUUCCAGGCCUGGGAAGCCAGUCGAAUCAGCCAAAACCUCGCGUCCUCGGCACAUCUUUUUUCGGCUACGUCCCAGACGCAUUCAGCAUGAAGACACCAAACUUGCCGUCUGAGCGAUCCUCGCAACCAUCGCCGCCGCCAGUAGCUGAUAAAAACAAGACUCCGAAAAAUGACCAAGUAAAUCGAAAGGAAAAUGACCGCAAGCCCGAAGAAAAACAGGAAACAAAUAAAACGGUUGCCAUCUCCGCGCCUCAAGACAACCAGACCCGAGACGACAAACCAGAAGACGACGCAAUGGCGGCCAGGGCUCAAUCCACAACGCCUGUGCGCAAAGUUCCUAUCCACUUGCAGAGUGCUCAGAAUAGACUGUUGAUCAAGAAUGGCAAAGUUGUCAAUGCUGAUGGAAUUCAGGAUGCCGAUGUUUACGUUGAAGAGGGUGUCAUCAAGCAAGUUGGAAACAAUUUGAUUGUUCCUGGUGGAAGUCGAGUGAUUGAUGCAAGAGGAAAGUUUGUCAUUCCAGGAGGUAUCGACACCCACACUCACCUCCAGUUGCCUUUUAUGGGAACGACCACGGCCGAUGAUUUUUACACUGGCACGCGAGCAGCCUUGGCUGGAGGAACAACCACCAUCAUUGAUUUUGUCAUUCCGAGCAAGGGACAAUCGCUCAUUGAGGCUUACAAACAAUGGCGCGAGCGGGCCGAUGACAAAGUAGCCUGUGAUUAUGCCCUGCACGUUGCGGUCACUUGGUGGUCACCGGAAGUCCAACAAGAGAUGGAAGAGCUCUGCCGAGAUCACGGCAUCAACUCCUUCAAGAUGUUCAUGGCUUACAAGGACCUUUGGCAGCUGGACGACACGGAGUUGUUUGAGGCGUUUGAAAGGUGUAAACAAUUGGGAGCCGUUGCUCAAGUCCAUGCUGAAAACGGCGACAUAAUCAAGGAGAACUGCAAAAAACUACUGGCCGCUGGUGUCACUGGGCCUGAGGGGCACGAAUUGUCCCGACCGGAAGAGGUGGAGGCGGAAGCCGUCAAUCGCGCUUGUGUUUUGGCCAAUCAGGUAAAUUGCCCGUUGUACGUUGUGCACGUCAUGUCGAAGAGCGCUGGCCAGGUCAUAGCCGAAAAGCGGCGCGAGGGAAUUGUAGUGUACGGAGAGCCGAUCGCUGCAUCCCUGGCCACAGACGGAAGGAAUUAUUGGCAUACCUGCUGGCGCCAUGCGGCUGCCCAUGUCAUGGGUCCUCCGCUCAGGCCAGACGCCUCGACCCCCGAUUAUUUGAUGGAUCUUUUGGCCAAUGAUGAUUUGAGUUUGACUGGCACGGACCACUGCACUUUCUCAACGGCCCAAAAAGAAAUGGGCAAAGGUGAUUUUACCAAGAUUCCCAACGGCGUCAAUGGCGUCGAAGAGCGGAUGUCACUCGUCUGGGAGAAAGGAGUCGUCUCAGGCAAAAUGGAUCCGUCUCGCUUCGUCGCCGUCACCUCUACCAACGCAGCUAAAAUUUUCAACAUGUAUCCGAAAAAGGGGUGCAUUGAUGUCGGUUCAGAUGCCGACAUCGUCAUUUGGGAUCCUAAACUGGAGCAUACCAUCUCGGUAGCUACCCACCACUCGGCUGUUGAUUUCAACAUUUUCGAGGGAAUGACCUGCCGAGGAGGCCCCGAGUAUGUCAUUGCCAACGGUCGCGUUACAGUCGAUGAAGGCCAAGUGAAGGCCGUCCAGGGCUACGGAUCUUUCAUUCCUACUCCAGCAUUCGCCCCAUUCGUUUAUGACGCUGUCGCCGAGCGCGAAAAGGUUCAUCAAUUGAUUAAAGUGGAGCGCGAAGGCCGUGUCAUUGCUGUGCGCAAUACUGCAGUGGCAGCUGCCCAGCCAUCGGCCACCAACGGCGAAGCCUCCGAGUCCAGCUUGGCGUCGGCCAAUGGCGUCGAAGAAGCCAUUCCUACUGCUGAUCACAGCUUCGUUGCUCACCAGCAUUUCACUCGUCCGCCCACCAGUUCUGGUGGCAGAAAUAUGCAGGACACGACUUUCUCUCUCAGCGCCGAAUAUCCAAGCAUGGCUGAUGUCGAAGAAGAGGCAAAGGGUAAGAAGAAUUCGAUCCACGUAAAGAACCCGCCAGGUGGAAAGUCUUCGGGACCGUUUUGGUAGAUGGUGAAACAGGCAACUUUCAAUCGAUUCGGAUCCCCUUCAGCAUUUCUUAGAUUAAAGGGUAGCUUUUUUUUUAUAAUUUUAUUUUUUACUCUUUCUACCAUUCUAUUUCCCAAUACUCCCAUACCUCCGGUAACUACUCACAUCACUUGCAUUGUAAGGUUGUUUUGUUUGGUCAGUGUUGAUUCCUUUUCAAACGGAAUUUGAAUCCAAAUUUUAACGGGAUCGCUUGUUUUCUAGCAUUUUAUGGUAUCAGUUCGUGAACCGCACAAGAUUGUGACGUGGUUGUUUCUUUUUUCCUUAAAAAUAAAUCCCUCUCGCCUCCGCCAACAUUUAUUAGCCUGAAGGCUUAAUAAUCUUUUAUAUUGACUCGUGAUGUGAUCUUCUCUGCGCGACUCAACACCUGCCGCGUGUGCUAUUUUAAUUAGAAAAGUAUAAUGGAAACAGCAUUGAUCUGAAUUUUGACACUCCGAUUCAAUCUCCUCUUUUGUGUGUGCACGUUUUAGCUCUCGUUAAAUACAUACAUUUGGUUGUA